GGUACCGGACCCAGCACCUCGGGCGAGCCCUGGGCACUCUGUGAUUUCCAGCACGGAGCCGGGGGCUGCGGCUUCACACAAGACACGAGCGACGACACGGACUGGGUCUGGGGGAGUCAGCACACCCCCACCAGUAACACUGGGCCGCCCCAUGACAACACGUUCCGCAAUAGCACAGGGAAGUACAUGUACGUUGAGGCCAGUGGUGGUACCGCAGGUGACACGGCUCGGCUCAUCAGCGCACCGCUGAACACGGAGAACAACCUCUGUCUGAACUUUAACUACCACAUGUACGGCACACAAGUCGGCACCCUCAACGUGUACGUGAAACAGCGCGGGAACAACAGCCUUGGAGAGGCCAUUUUCAGUAGGUCAGACUUCCAGGGGGACCACUGGAAGUUCAGCGAGUUGGCACUGCCAAAACGGGAAGGAUUCUUACAGAUUGUUUUUGAGACCGUUCGUGGCAGCGGCGCUUACGGCGACAUUGCCAUCGAUGAUGUUGGAAUAAUAACGGAUGCCUGCGUACGUCUUACCGGCGGGAACACCUCUGCCGAAGGAAGGGUGGAAGUGCUUCACUACGGGGAGUGGGGAACGGUCUGUAACGACCGGUGGGGAGACGAGGACGCGCAGGUGGUGUGCCGUCAGCUGGGCUUCCGUUACGCCCGGCCUGUGUCCUCCCAGCGCUCCUUCGGGCGGGGCGGCGGCCACAUCUGGUUGGACCAGGUGGCCUGUACCGGGAACGAGUCCAGACUGACCGACUGUCCGCACAACGGCUGGGCGGAUCACGACUGCGCGCACGACGAGGACGCCAGUGUUUCCUGUUAUGGUAAGGUUGAUUUUUAG